AUGAGAUGUUCAGCACUUUGGACAGCGCUCCUUGCGCUUUUGCUCGGCGCGCAGCUUGCCCGUUCGGUGAGGAAAAGCAGCCCCAAACGCUUCUCCAACGCAACGCUGAUCCGCCUCUCGGAGUACCUUAGCAACGGUUACCGGAAAGGAGUGCGGCCGGUGACAGACUGGCGGCAAGCAACCAUGGUGGCCAUCGACCUGAUGGUGUAUGCCAUCCUCAGCGUGGAUGAAAAGAACCAGGUGCUGACCACGUACAUAUGGUACAGGCAGCAAUGGCAGGAUGAAUUCCUGGUGUGGAGCCCUGAGGACUUCGAUGACAUAAGACAAGUGUCCAUCCCCACCUCUAAUGUCUGGGUGCCAGAUAUACUCAUUAACGAGUUCGUGGACGUGGGAAAGUCUCCGGAGAUCCCUUAUGUCUACGUGGGCUUUGACGGGCUGGUCCGCAACUAUAAGCCCAUCCAGGUGGUGACAGCCUGCAGCCUGAACAUCUACAACUUCCCCUUCGACGUGCAGAACUGCAGCCUCACCUUCCAGAGCUGGCUGCACACCAUUAAUGACAUCAACAUCUCCCUGAUCAGAACCCCGGAGGAAGUGAUGUUCGAUAAGAAUGUCUUUAUGAACCAGGGAGAGUGGGAGCUGCUCUAUAUCCUGUCCAAGUACAACUCUUUCAGCAUAGACAACAACGACCAUUAUGCAGAAAUUAAGUUCCACCUGGUGAUUCGGCGCAGACCUUUAUUCUACACGGUGAGUCUGCUGCUGCCCAGCGUCUUCCUCAUGGUGAUGGACAUCGUGGGCUUCUACCUGCCUCCGGACAGCGGGGAGAGAGUGUCCUUCAAAAUCACGCUGCUGCUGGGGUACUCCGUGUUCCUCAUCAUCGUCUCCGACACGCUACCCGCCACCGCCAUCGGGACCCCCCUCAUCGGCGUCUACUUUGUGGUGUGCAUGGCCUUGCUGGUCAUCAGCCUGACGGAGACGGUGCUGAUCGUGCGACUGGUGCACAAGCAGGACCUGCAGCCGCACGUCCCCGAAUGGCUGAAGCGCCUGGUGUUGGAGAGGGCUACUGCGCUCCUCUGUAUCCGAAACAAGCACAGGGCUACAGCCCGAUGUGCUCACCGCGGCAGUGAGAACGACAAAGGUGCUGAGAAGGGGGCGGGGACAGGCCCGGAAGCAGGCCCAGGGGUGGGUUCGGGGGUCGUCCUCCCGGCGAGGGACGUGGGCCCGGUCUUGGACGGCAUCCUGGCAGAGAUCUCGUCUAUCCGGCAGUUUCUGGAGAGGCGGGAGGCGUACCGGGAGAUCGCCCGUGAGUGGCUGCAGGUGGGCUAUGUGCUGGACGUGCUGCUGUUCCGGAUCUACAUGGUGGCCAUGCUGGCCUACAGCGUCACACUGGGCACGCUCUGGUCUGUGUGGCAGUACGCCUGA